AUGGUGACGGAAUGCAGUUUCGACCGUGCCGCCGCCCUCGACGGGCUUGCGGCGAACCUGGCCACUCUUCUCGAGUGGAGCCGACUGCAUCACAGCGAUGGCAUCGGUUUCUUCCUCACUACGAAUUGCGCUGUCUACAUAGAUAACAUUGCGCCCACUGUUUGCUGCACCCAACACGAUGCGGUGCGCUGCGCGCGCUACGAGCUGAAGCUGCUCAAGACGCGUGCCUUUGCCGACUUGCUCGAGUUCGUCGCCGAUGACAGUCAGUCACCCACCGCCGAUGAUUUUGCGCAGGUCGGAACUGUCCACAAGACGGUCUCUGAGAGACAGGCUGCGGUUGUGGCCGAGAUCGUCGUCUCCCAACGCGUCAUCAAGCGGAUCGACAACCUUGUCACCGAGGCGCUUCUCAAGGCCUUCUUUUCCGACGACGCGCUGCGGGCCAUCUACCGCGAGAAGGCCGACAAGGUCAGUGGCGCUGGUGGCAUUUCCGUUGCCCUUUUGGCUGCAAUCCGCUCCGACAUUGCUGGAGUUCGGCCGAAGCUCCAGAGGAUCAUCCUCGAGACUGUCGGCGUCAAGCCUUUUCUAGCUGCUGGUUUUGGCACUCAGAGUGGACGGGUCCACUCCGACUUUCGGCGGCGCGAGGGCCGCAGCGCGCCGCCGCCCACCAAGGCCGAGAAGGCGGCGAGCAAGGAGGCUGCCGCGGCGGCCAGGAGGGAGGAGAGGGCCGCACGCAAAGAGGCGCAUUUGCAGCAUGAGGUGGGCAAGGUGCUGGGGGCGCUGCUGACCAAGGCGGGCGCUGCCGGAGACAGAUUGCUUUUUCGCAUGACUAAGGGAGCGAGGCCCGUGUAUUCAAUCGGAGUGCACGUGCGUGAGCCGUCGGAGGCCGAGGCGGCGGAGCGGGUGCACGGCUGGACGCUGCGGCUGAAGCAGCGCCCUGUCGACGAGGACGGCCGCGCCAGGGGCGGCGAGGCGGCGCGCGCGUACGACGCGAGGGCGCGGCAGAUCCACGGCGACAACGCCAUCCUCAACUUUCCGGGGGACGGGCCCGAGCAGCAGCAGAGGCGCAUGCCGGAGUCGGUUGGGCGGGCGAUCGGGGAGCUCAGGGCGGCCUUGGGUCGCUGUGGCCCACGCUUGGCCGAGGCGAUCGGGCAGGCGAUAGAGCUGCUGCAGGAGGCGGCGGCAGCCGAUCGGGGCGCCCCCGCGCUUGCCGGAGGUGGGGGCUCGCUUUGCGGCGCGGACGCGCCAGCCCGCGCCGAGCAGAGCGCGCAAGGCCUCGCGGCAGCAGAGAGCAGCGGGAUCUUUUGGCCACGCGCAAUGGAGAUUCCAUGCGCUGGCAGCCUCGCCCAGAUCGAUGCUGGCCGAGCGGGUGGCUUCGACGGGGGCGGCGAGCCGGCCAGCGAGUCGGUCCCGGAGCGGGGCUUUGCGCGCGUCCGCCGCCCCGUCGUGCCGCAUUGGGACGCGCACGCGCAGCUGGAGGCGGCUCCAUAUCUGCCGCCGGUCGCCGCCGCGCAGCCGCAGCAGCAGUGGCAGCAGCAGCUGGCAGCCGCCACCAGCGGCUUCGGCAUCCAUGGCGCCUACGGAGCGGCUGCGGCGGCGCCAAACGUGGGCGUGGCCGCGGCAGCGGCAUCGAGCGAGCUCGAGGAGUUGUACACCCAGAAGUUCAGGCUGUCGGGGUCGUGCAGCACCUACAGCCUGAAUUCCUUCGAAGUCGAGAGCGGCAAGUUGUACGCGAUCCACGCCAAGAAGACGUUUGACGGCUCGCACUCCUUCAAGAUUGGGGUUGCCACGGCACUCAAGCCGGAUGCGCAGCCACUGUCGAAGCUUCUUUCGAAGGGCCACGACCAGGCACGGAAGACGGAGGGCGAGGAGGAGGGCGAGGCGGAGAGCGAGGUGGCGAGCCGGCAGGAGGUUGCACCACCAGAGGCAGUGGCCUACGCGCAGGCGCUCGCGCAGGCGGAGGAGGGGGCUGAGGCGGAGGAGGAGGAGGAGGAGGAGCCGGCGGCGGCGGAGGGUCCGAUGUCGGAUCACGUGCGGCGGCGGCGGCUGCGCUCGUCCUCCUUCUGCAUCACUUGGCGCGGCCUUCUCGACGUGGAGCCGUGGCUGUCGCAGCUCCGCAAGGCGACGGCCGUGCCGCUCGUCUCGUACUCGAUCGUGCACCUCGGCCGCGGCGCGCCACCGCCCUCGUGGGGCGUCGCGCCCGGCGACGCGCCGCCGCAGGCGCUGCGCUCGAAGGGCACCUACGCCGCGGUCAAGUUUGAGCGCGCCGUCGACGUGGCCAUGCCGCGCUUUGUGGGGCAGGAGGCGGGCGGAGGCGGCGCCCUGACCCCUUGCGCCGUGGAGACGCACCCGCUGCCCGAAGAGACGCUGAGGGGCUUGUUCGCGGACUGCUGCGCCGACCACGUCAUCGAUCGGUGGCAGUCGCUGCGCCCGCCGCGCGCGCCGCCGCCCUCGCGGGGGGCCGAUCGGACCCCGAUGGACGUGAACGCCGAGCAGUACGGCAAGUUCAUGGCGCCCGCGGCGCCGCUGCGCACGCCCUUGCGGCCGGAGGAGGUGGAGGAGGCGCUGGCGCAGCACGCGGCGGCCAUCCAGGAGGCGCUGGGCGUGCGGUGCAUCGACCCGCGCGCGUCGCCCGAGCUCUACACGUGGGCGCCAGAUUUGGAAGGCGCCCUCGCCGGCGAGGAGGCGGCGGCGCGGGUCGCCGAGCGCCGCGUCGUGGAGUGGGAGUGCCGGGCGGGGCACCGGUUCGGCGCGAGCGUGCAGUGCCUGAUGGCUCAGGUGCAGCGACGGCAGUCGCAGGCCUCGCGCGCGUCGGCGCGCUGGACCAACUCGGACGCGGCGUGCCCGGCGGCCGACCUCGGCCAAAAGGUGCUCCUCGAGGCGGGCGUCGCGUGCGAGUCGGCCGAGUUCGUGCCGCGGAGCGGGCAGUGCGAGCACCACGCGCUCUGCAUCCGGGGCAAGGGCCACCACGUGGCCCAGCCCUUCGCGUACGGAAGCGGCCAUCCCGCCUGGCUAUACCCCACCGGGACGACCUCGGGCAGGCAGGGCUGCGUGCUGCUCCGGGGGCCGCGCGGCGGGGGCCAGGCCCGAGUGCCGAUGGCCUCGCUGCCGAUCGCGGGUGGCGGCGGUGUCUUUAAGCUCACCUUUUGCUGCCGGCUGGGUCACCGGUGGCAGACCAGCGAGCGGCUCUUCAACCACACCGAAGGCGGACGCAACCGCGUGAGGAUCGGCAAGUCGGAGCUGCUGAACGCCGGCGCCUACAACGCCAAGCUGGUGGGGCCGCACUCCUGCUGCGAGUGCAAGCUCAAGGGGCAGCGCGACCUGCUGCAGAGGGCGGCGAGCAGCUACUACGGCAGCCGGGACCCGGGGCCCAGCCCGACGGACGCGGCGGCCGAGUGCGAGCGGCUGCUCGCGCUUGACCGCGACGCCAGCGCGUGGGCGGUGCUGGGCCUCACGGGGCACGACCGCGGAGCGGCGCGGCAGCGCUACUACGUCCUCGCCCGGCUGCUGCACCCGGACAAGUGCAGCCAGCGAGGAGCCGCGGACGCGUUUAAGCGCGUCGCCGACGCGUUCAGACGGAUCGACGGCUCCUCGAGCUUUUGA